GUCUUACUCAAACCUAUCUUGGUACUACGAUCUACGGUUCUACUUGCAGAGACGAUGGUAAAGGUGAUAUACUAAAGGUUGCAGGACCGUCAAGGUGCUCGGAAUGAGCUGGGAGGAUGACGACCUAGGCGUCGAUGCCGAAAUCAAACCCCUCAUGUCAAUAUUUGGUGCCUUGUAUCACUAUGAUACGAAGACUUGGAAAAUACCUUCCCGACGGCCAGCCAUUGAGUUGUCCAGAAAAAUCGCCACUCUCAUUGACAAUUUCGGCAAAGAAGGAAAUCUCAUCAUUCUAUACUACGCAGGUCACGCGCGACCUAACGAGCAGGCUGGCGGGAGUCCUGUGUGGACAGCAAGACGACAUCGAGAAUCGCCAACUGUGCCAUCAUCUGUCAUCCAUUCUCUGCUUGCCGAAGUGGACUGCGAUGUGUUAUUACUGUAUGACUGCUGCCACGCCAUUCAAGCUGGUGAACCGUCCGCUGGAAAAGGAGCCGUCGAGACUCUUGCAGCGUGUGGCUUUGAGUCAAUUGCAGCCGAGGUAGGGAGCCACUCUUUCACCAGCUCACUAGUACACGAGCUUGCACGAGCCGCCCAUACGCAAGAGUGGCUCUCUGUGGUUGGACUCCACAGGAAAAUCAUCAACCGGCUACAAGCAUGGAUGCCCCGGGUCUGCUUUACCGACAACAGCUACUCGAUGGUCCAGAUGGACCGACAAACGGGACAGCCGAUUUUCGAAACACAACGCCGGAGAACACCAAUAUACUGCUUUCUCUCCAAACAACCACGCACAAUAAUACUCACUCCUCUUCUGCCCUCAAGAUUCAACCAAGAGCAGCAACCUUUCAUUCUUUUAAACCCCGUCUUAGAUUCCCCAAGAGUGGCAGAGAGUUCGAAUAUGAUUGGCUCGUCGCAGCCAGGGGAUGAGAGCAAGCUCCCUGGAUCUUCAAAUCACUACCCAAAACAAAAAUCAAAACGGCACUUUUGGCCGGAAAUCUUCAACUCCGACCGAUGGGCAGUCUACUCGACGGAGCUCGGCAACUACUGCCUCGAAAUAAGCGGUUUGCAAACCGACUCAACCAGUACCAAAGCCGAGAAGAUCCUGAAGGCAUUCACCGAGGACGUGGGAGAGCCAUCGCAAAGGUAUAUCUGUGACGAGAUCCAGAGAUUCUGCUCGCCUGCGAUCUUCGAAAAACUGAUAGAGGGCAAAGGGGAAUUGUCAUCUCAGCUGGUGGCAAUUCUGGAUGAAAGGUCACAGGAGGAAGAAUCAGAGGCCAAGAUACUGUUUCUGGGCCGGCAACAGCUUCUCGAUGUGCUGUUGCGGAAAGAGAUAUCCUCCCAUUCAACAAAAACGCCUGAGAGGGUUCAGAGAACGUCUCCGAGAAGACGUGUGCUGUAUAUCACAAACCUCGACCCCUGGUGCACUCUGGCAAUUGCUGCCGCAGCACCCAGCAAUCAGGUUCCUUUUUUGAGAGAUUUUGUUUACAAGCACAUUACCUUUCAACAGGGAAUGGGCGUGAAGCUCAAAUCGUCUGGAUUUCAAUCGUUUCAGCUCUCAUUCCACCUAACAUGCUUUGCUUGGAGGGCAAAUGGUAUUCGCUCAUUCGAUGACAGGCUCGGGGCGGACAAGCGGCCGUUGAGGAAUGGCAAAAACGUCAGCUACCUGUACGGGUCGGCCGUGGGGCCUGACAUCUACAUUUACGAGGUGCAAACAUCUUGCAUGGUCACAGGAAUGGAUAACCGAUUCUGGACAGCGUACGGCUUCUUCGAUACAUACCACGAUGGCGGAGAAAGCAAGCACGACCUCAGCUUUUACGAACCUGCCGAGGGCGAAAUCAACACGGAUCCAUUGACCGGAGGUCGAUACGCCUCGGAUUCCCCAAUCCGGACCGCCAGGGAGUAUUUCCUGCGAGUAAUGGAGUCUUGCGUCAACGAUGCGAAAGAUGAGUGGCUCAACGUUGGACACAGUUUGCUGAGAACUAUCAAGCCAUAUGUUAGUGUCAAGCUUUGGACUUUCGGGCCAGCCUUCGACAUGCGCCGAAUCGCUAACUCGAGCAGACCAGCAACGCCAUGGAUGCCGACUGGGGCAAAGUCCAGAGGAUAUCCCACCAAGUCAUUCAGCUUCUUGAAGAGCUGAUGCAAGGGCUGUCCGGGACGAUAACAUCCUGGGAGAGAUUUCAGGGGAGCGACCUGUGCUACUUUGACGUCGAUCCAAACACACGUGCCACGGGCCGGACGAGCGUCAUGGUCAAGAACAUCGAGAACGACAUCCGUGAGCUCCGCAUCCUCGGAGAGACCCUCGCCAAGCAAACAAACAUUUUCAAAACGUUCACGUCGGCGGU